GUUUGAAGGAAGCUGUGAAAUCUGAUAGAAUUAUUGCAGCAGCUCUUGGUGGAGAGGCAAAUUUCUAUUGCAACUUCUCGCUCUCGAUGGAUGUUUUGCAAGUCACCUGGCAGAAGAGAAAUGGGUCUUCCUUCCAGAACAUAGCCACCUACAGCCCAAACCAUGGGCCGAGGCUGAUAGGGUCAUUUCAGAAGAAGGCACGUUUCAUUAGAGCAAACCUGAAGGCCUCAGCUAUCACACUCCACAAUCUCACAUUCGAGGAUGAGUCCUAUUACAGAUGCAUUUUCAACGUGUUUCCUCAUGGCUCUUUCAGCAAAGAUAUAUGCCUCAACAUCCAAAGUGUUCAGAAGAGCAUAAUCAUCAUGGCGGUCUUAAUAGCUGUGGUGUUCUUAACAAUCUUGAUACAUUGUGUCAUGAAACUAAUCAACAGAAAAACAAAAAAACCGAAAAGACUUAGUGCACCCAGAACGCCUGCAAAGGAGGAAGGCUUACACCAAGACCUAAGCAAGAAAGGCAUGAGCCUCCACACACCGAAGGACCAGCACGUUGUUUAUCAAAAUGAGCCCAACACAGGAGGAGAGGCAUCAACCCACUAAAGACCCACCUCCACAAGCACAGAGGAGCACAUGGGCCCAAGGGCAG